AUGGAACCCGGGCCGCGGCGGCGGCGCACUUGGUGCCCGCCGGUCUCCGCCUUCCUGCGCGAUCCGAGCUCCGGGCGCGUCUACAGGCGCGGGAAGCUGAUCGGCAAGGGUGCCUUCAGUCGCUGCUACAAGCUGGUGGACAUGUCCACCAGUGCCGUGUUCGCCCUCAAGGUGGUGCCUCGUGCUGAGGGCGGGGCCGGGCGACUGCGCUCCCGCGGUAAGGUGGAACGCGAGAUCGCCCUGCACAGCCGCCUGAAACACCGCAAUAUCGUAGCGCUCCAUGGACACUUUGCUGACCGGGAGCACGUGUACAUGGUGCUGGAGUACUGCAGCCGCCAGUCACUGGCCCACGUCCUGGAGGCGCGGCGGACUCUGACAGAGCCUGAGGUGCGCUAUUACCUGCGGGGCCUGGUCAGCGGCCUGCGCUACCUGCACCAGCGGCGGAUCGUGCACCGCGACCUGAAGCCCAGUAACUUCUUCCUGAACAAGAACAUGGUGAUAAAGAUUGGAGACCUGGGGCUGGCUGCGAGGGUGGGGCCAGGGGGCCACUGCCACAGAGUGCUCUGUGGGACCCCAAACUUUCUGGCCCCAGAGGUCAUCUCCAGGAAUGGGCACUCCUGCCAGUCAGACAUCUGGGCUCUUGGCUGCAUCAUGUACACAGUGCUGACCGGUACCCCUCCCUUCAUGGUGGCUCCCCUGUCGGAGAUGUACCAGAACAUCCGAGAUGGCCGCUACCCUGAGCCUGCCCACCUGUCACCCAACGCACGCCGCCUCAUCGCCCGUCUGCUGGCGCCCAACCCGGCGGAGCGGCCCAGCCUGGACCUCCUGCUGCAGGAUGACUUCUUCACACAGGGUUUCACUCCAGACCGGCUGCCGGCCCACUCGUGCUACGGCCCACCCAUCUUCACCAUGCCCCAGCCUCUGGGCAGGCUCUUCCGGAAGGUGGGCCGGCUGCUGCUGACCCAGUGCCGGCCGCCCUGCCCCUUCACUCCCAGCGAGGCCUCGGGUCCAGGAGAAGAGGCUUCAGAUCCUGACUCCAUGGAGCGUGGCCGUGAGGCCUCCCUGUUGGAUAGAGGCGCUCCCCACCCCGAGGUCCCCGUCCACCUUCUCACCCAAGGGACCCUCAGGAGUGACCGGACGGGGCCCCCGGGGGGCCAGAGGCAGGAGGUCGAGGUGGCCAUCAGAAACCUGCAGCUCUGCCUGGACCCUGGCCUCCCAGCCACACAGGACCCCCCGGGAGAGCAGCGGCCCGUUCUCUGGGCCCCCAAGUGGGUGCAUUAUUCCAGCAAGGAUGGCUUUCGGCUAUCAGCUGUCGGAUGGGGGCAGUGGUGUCCUGCUUCGGGACGGCACGCACAUGGCCCUGCGCCCCCCGGGGGAGAGGGGGCCCGGCCCACGCCCACCCCGCCGGCAGCCCCCAGCCUCUGCCUGCUGCGCGUCCUGGCGUCCGCGCGGGCUUCGCUCCCGCUCUUCAGCGACGGGACGGUGCAGAUCAGCUGCAGUGACGACCAGACUCACCUGCUGCUGAGUGGCCGGGGCGAGGAGUUGCAGUUCACAGUCUGGGAACGCGGCCAGCCCAGCACCUCCUACCCCCCCGGCGCCCUGCAGAGUCUCGGCUCUGCCCCGGCUGCCCGGCUGCACCUUGUCCACGCUCUCCACAUGCUGCAGAGCAUCUAGUGUCCCCCGCAAGGGGACCAGGCCCCCGGCUCCAGUUCCGGGUCUCUUGUCUCCCCAGAGGGGUGUCCCUGGGGACGGCCCAGGGGAGCAUGGGAGGUGGGGGGUCCUUGCCUCAGGUCAUGACUGUGCAACCCAGACUUUUGUUUGGCUUUGUUCUUGUUUUCAUUAAAGAGAAGUUGACCAUCUA